UCCUAUCUGCGCGAAAGGGCGUGCCCAACCAACCAUGGCGGCCGUCACGUAUGAGUACAUGAACCCCAACUACAAGGAGACGCUCGACCGCGAGUGGUGGGUGACGUCUUAUCAGCUCAUGCCCGACCCCGAGUACCUGGAGAAGAUCAAGAACAAGGACCCGUCAGUGACCGAGGUGGACGCAAGCUGCCGGCAGCUGCAGGGCUCCAGGAUUGAGAUCCUCUCGGAGAUGAUGGCGGGCAACCCGCACAUCACCGCGAUCGACCUGCGCGGCAACGGCUUCGACGCCGACGGCCUCUAUGCCCUCGUCCAGGCGCUCAAGACGAUGCCCAAGGUUGCCAAGCUCAACUUGCGGAACAACUGCUGCCGCAACCAGGGUGUCGAGGCCCUCGGCGAGUACCUCAAGACGAACUCCACCCUCGUCGAGCUCAACAUCAACGAGAACAACCUCGGUGACGAGGGCGCAAAGGCGCUCGCCGAGGGCCUCAAGGCGAACGAGACGCUCAAGUCCCUCGACCUCUCCCUCAACUACAUCGGCGACGAGGGCGCCAAGGCCAUCGCGGCCAUGCUCGAUGUCAACAAGACCUUGACGUCGCUCACCAUCUCCGGCAAUGAGAUCCAGGACGCCGAGCUGCGCAAAAAGUGCCGCUCACGCAAGGCCAGCGGCGCCGCCUUUUACGCAAAGGGCCCGUCGGUCGAGGGCUACCCGAGUUGCCUCAAGCCGAUCAACUAGACAGCAUCGAGAGGCGCGUUGCCGCCGCCGCAGCUCUGGCCGCCGCCCUCGUGCGCGUCGCUGUAGCGGCCUCCAUGUGGAGGGAGGGAAGUGAUUGCCGCCGCUGUCAGAAAGGGAGUCGGCGCGCGAGCGCGUCGUUUGUCCCUGCGCCUGGGAGGGGGGGGCAGGGGGGCACCGUGUUGCUUGCGCCCGCAUGCUAGACGUGUAUACAUGUUCUGUUCUUGUGCGCAAUAUAAUUCUCACACAAUGCACCCC